AUGUGCAUACCGGGGCAAGAUGGUGAGAAGUUGGCACCCGAAGUUGAUUCACUAUUGAACAAAGAGCAAGACCAAGUCAUUUGUAAAAAGUAUUAUUCAGCAUUUACAGACACGAUACUUGCAAAUAUCCUGCGCGAAGUGAAAGAGAUUCAUAUUUGUGGACUUAUGACAAAUGUUUGUGUUCAAGCAACGGCAACAGAUGCCUUCUUUUACGGAUACAAAGUGUUUAUUUGGACAGAUUGUCUCGGUUACCGAAGCAGGAAACGACAUCAAGAAGCACUCGACAAAAUGCAAAGGUGGUAUGCGACGAUGACAACCGCCAGCAAAUGUCUUGAACAAUCGCAAACUGCAACUCCGCUCUGCAAACCUGUUCUCUACUUUGUCAAUGGUUCUAUACCAAGUUGGCGAGUGAUGAUGGUGCUACACGAAAAAGGCAUCGAUUUCGAAGCGAAACGCCUAAAAGUCAUGUCCACACCCAAAGAAACAAAAUCCAUCGAAUUCCUUACAAUAAAUCCUCGCGGUUUAACACCAACACUUGUCGAUAGUGAUGGUGCGAUUAUCACUGAGUCUCUCGCCAUUCUGCACUAUCUCGAACAAUACUAUCCUCAUACUCUUUCACUGUUACCGAUCACAAAAGCAGAUCAUAUCAAAGUUUUACAACGCGUACAAGAGUCACAAAAUCUAGUUGACAUCUACGAGCCACUAGAAGAAAUUGUGUUUAAGACACCAGAACACGAACAAUCAGCUCAUAAAAGUUCAAUCGUUAAGACUCUCACAUCGAUAGAUCAUGAGCUCAUAUUUUGGGAAACAUAUGCAACAAAGUCAAUGUUUAUUGCUUGUGAUCAAUUUACACUGGCCGAUUGUGCAUUCUAUCCGGUUGUAACCUAUCUGAUCCACAGAGGAUUAAGCAUCGACAAAUUCUCAGCGCUAAAAGAUUAUGUCGAAAGAAUUAGAGCGAAGUCAAGUGCAAUCAAAGCACACCCAAGAGGAUGGGGACCAAAAGGUGGCAAAGUUAACGUUUUCGAGACUGUGAGAACUAUUGUAGAAGGAUGUAAUGAGAAAACCGUUGAUUUAGUGGAAAAAGUCAUCUCGUAA